AGGAGGAGGAAGAGGAGGCAAAAGAGCGGACAGGUGUAGAGAAGAAGAAGAGGAGUGAGGUAAACACACUCGCGUUCCCCCUGACCCAAGACUCCCGCCCCUGUGGCUGACCUGACACACGAGGACACACUCUGAAGGGGAAGGCGCAGACAAUUGAACACACAGGCCCAUCCCUCUCUGCUGAGCCUUAUGUUUGUGAGGGUUAUGAAGAUUGGGAAAAGCCACUGUUGGAUGUGGCAUUGGCUGUCUUGCCACAAAGAGACUGUUAGAAGCUGACGUUGGGAUGGUGUGGAACCCUGGGACCCCAGUAGCUGUAGCAGCAUCGUCAGUGUUCUGUGAUGUCACCCGUGUGCUACAUUCACUCUAUGCCCUUGCUGUUACAUUGAGAUUUCUUUGUUUUUAUUAUCUUUGCAUUUAUUUAUUUGGGAGACAACUGCAUUGUGAUCUGUUUGUUGGUCAGGUGUAAACAUCCAUCUUGGCUGGUGCUUCCAUUGUCUGGAUUGACUACUUUUCUUGUUCAUUUGUUUAUAUAGGAAACUAACCAUGUAAUGUGCAAAGGACAUCUCAUGGCCAAUUAAAGAUCAGUGUCCAACUUAUUUUGUAUGUUGCAAUGUUGUUUUAGUUGUUAUUAAAAGUUAUAUAAUUAUAAUUUUCUAUGAUAGUGAAGUUUAGAAGUGUCAAUCUACUGCUUCUACUUUACUGCAAGGGCUUCUUAUUAUUAAUUUUGCAGCUACAACACUGCAUGUAGCUAUAACUUAUAUAUAUAUACAUAUAUAUUGUUCAAAAGUUUGUUACCUAAUUUAGCUUGUAAGUGGUUAAAUGAAUUGUAUGUGUUUGUGUCUCAGCUUUUAUCUGAAAAUAUCCCACAGCAGCCACAGAAACAAUUUGUGACGAAUGUAUUGUAAUGAUUAAUAAUGAAAGAGUUUGUACGUACCAAGGAAUCAGGGUCUACAAUUCCAGAUCCAGAGGGUUCCAGUACAUGUGGGUCUGUGAAAGGUAUGGAUCCUCUGAGUUGUGGCGGGAGUGGCAGCUGCAGUGUGGCAGUACACGAUGGAAGUGGCUCAGUGAGACAUGGAACAGGAUGCUAUGAAAGCUAUACUGCACAGUGUGACACAGAGGGCAGUGUGAGUUUCAUGGAAGAACAAUACUCUGGUGGUGGUGAAAGUGACAGCAUGAAGCAUAGUGCAGAUGAUAAAUUUGCCUGUUCAAAAAAUUAUUCAGGAGGCAUUGAGGCUGUGACAGAUAGCCUGGAAAGAAAUGAGGCUCAAAGUACAAAUCAUGAUCUGGAAAUAAGUAAGAGUGCCAAUGUGAAUGCAGAAUCAAAGGAAAACAUUUGUGACAGCUCAAGACAAUGCCCAACAAAUGAGAAAGAUAUUGAAACUAGAACAGUGUUAAUACAAAGCCCGAAGGACUUGAUGGAAAUGAAUCCCACACAUGUUAAUGAAUCAGAAUGUGGGCAAAAUAUCACUAUUCUUCACUUUGCAACAAAUCAGGAGCCGGACAUUACCUCUCUCUUCGACGCAGGAGACAGUUUAGACAGUGGACGUGUGUUUGAGGGUGCUGCAGAUGGCACUCAAAGCUCCGGCCAUGACCUGGAACAGCAAACAGAGCAGGGACGUAGUGAUGACUGGAGAAAACAGGGAGAGGUGGACUGUGGAAGUUAUUUACUAAAUCAGGAAGAGCAGGUCAGUAGCAAUGGCUUAGAAAAACAAAUAGAUCAGGGGAGGGGGGAAACUUCUGAAAACCAGGUGAACAGAAACAGUACAAAUGAAGCAACACAGCAGCCAAAAGACAGCAGCAGCACUGACAUGAGGAAACAGACUCAUGAGGGUGGUGGUGAUGAGGAAGUGAAGUCAGGAAUGAGUAGUGUUGAUGAUUUGGAAGUGAGCACAAAACAGGUCAUCAGUGCCACUCAUCAAGGGCAAUUAAGUGGCGAGAUCACUGGUGAAUGUAAGAAAGAGGAUGUAGAGGAAAUCAUUGUAAAUGAUUUUGAGAUGCAGGGAGAAGAUCUCGGUGACAGUGAGUUGGAUGCGGAGAUGAAUGAUGUUGGAAAGGAUGAGCCGAGUGAAGAUCUACACACUGUCAAGCUGGGGAAGAUCUGUAGAAUAUGUGGUGAGAUGACUGUCAAAUAUGAUGGUCCUAAAAAAGGUGUGCCAAAGCAAGAGGUAGUGAAGCAUGUAAAGAAAGUGUGGAAUGUUGACAUAUCAGAUGAAAAUGCAGAUGUGUACCCUAUCAAUGUGUGUCUGAGUUGUGAACGCAAGAUCAAGAGGAUAUAUCUAAAAGUGUCCAAGAGGAAAAAAUGUGAACUUUUCCGUGAUAAGCCAGCAGAGUUUGUGGAGCAUAGUGGAAAUGAUUGCCCUGUCUGUCUCUUGAAAGAAGAAAACCCACUACCAGUGUUGUCCAGUGAGUCAUUUCAAGUGAUUGAAACACUUGGUGGAGGCAGCACCAUAGGCAGUCAGGGCCUUGAGGUUGUUUCAAAGGACAAUGGCCAGAAAACUCAGGCUCAAGAACCACGUCGAAGCUUAACUCGGAAGAGAAGCAGGGAGGAGCUUAAGGAUGCGUUUCAUUCUGUUGGUAUCCAGACAGAGGACAUUGCAAGCCUUGAUGGCAUCACCGGCCUGGAGGAACAUGACUACACACAAGAGGAGGCACUCAAACAGUACUUUGCCAUGCCCAAGAAGACAGGCGGCAGGACUCCAUAUCAGAAACAGUCCCUUUGUUCUGUCAAUGCCAAAUACAUCCGCCAGGACCGCCUCAAGCCUCUCAUAUCCCACAUUGAUAAGUUUUGUCAGCUACACAAAGAAGACAAGAUAGACGUAAUGUUUUUCCUGUUGAUACAGACACUACGGGAUUCCAGUGACCGUGCCAGAGAGAACCUGGUAACAGAUAUUUGGUGCAAGAAGAACAAUGUUGGAGUGUCCCUCACAGAUGAGGAGUGUCUGGCCAAGCGGAUACUGCUCAAGCAGACCAAGGAGCAGUACAGAAAAGAGUACUGCUACUACAAGGAGAAACUUGACAAAUCAGUACUAAAGCCUCCAUUUAUUAUAGACCGGCUGGAGAAGACUUAUUUUCCAGAGCACCUUGAGUAUUUUGUCACAGAUGGGGAGGCGGGGCCCCUGAUUUACCAGCAUGAGAAGAGCACACAGCCCUCACAAUUCACCAUCACAGAUCCUGCAGAUGUCAAGGCAGAGGGUGGGCGGGGCGGGAAUGUUGUGGGUGCCCGCUGGCAUUACUUUGAUGCUGUGGCCAAGACACUUGAAGAAUUGUCUUGCUACACUGAUAUUGACAGUCAGGAACUGGAUGAGGACACAUGCAUCCAUGUUAACAUGAUGGAUUAUUUUGAGGAGAAGCGUGACAUGACCAACCUUCAGGACAAAGGCAUUGAUGCCCCUGGAGGAGCUGGAGGGCGUGCAGGGCAGUGUAAGAUGAUGACCUACUUCUUUGGGGUACAGUCCAUGCAGGCAGUGGUGGAGAACAAGGUGACUCCUCUGUACAAAGCCAGCUCUGCCACCACACUCUGCCGUCCACUGAUGAAGGCCAUAGUAAGUGAGGGAAGUGCCAUCAACCCAACCUACUCAGCCAUAGAGGUGGAGCGUGCGGCCAUGGCUGACAAAAUCUUCCACAUCACACCGCCUAACGGGACUCCACUCCGCUUCAUGGUCAACUUCACCAACACCACGGCAGAAGUGAGGAAGGAUUACAGAAACACAAUAGGACUCUCAUUGUCAUCCUUCAAGAAGGUGCCGGUGGUGAUCAAUCGUUAUGGCAGCGUUUGCCUGGAGCUGAGGAGGAGCUGGCUGGCCUCAAGCCCUCGCCUGGUGCACAUCAGCCGGGUAACCAAUUCCCGCACCAAGUGCAGCCGCUGCGGAGAACAGGGACACAACGUGCGCAAGUGUUCAGUGCCAUCAGACAGGGGACGGGAUAGCAGUGCCAUGCGGCGAAGAAGGAAAAAACAGCGCACAGUGCCUCCCUCUGCCUACCCGGGUAAACUCAUGCAGACACUGAAGCCAAUAUCAAGAGAUAUAAAGGUGAUGGAAGGGGUAACAUCACAAAAUCAACAACAACAACAACAACAACAACAGCAGCAGCAGCACCAGCAACAAGCUCAGCACCAGCAGCAACCUCAGCUUCAGCAACAACCUCAGCACCAGCAACAACCUCAGCACCAGCAACAACCUCAGCACCAGCAGCACCAGCACCCUCCCUCAUGUCCUGCUGUCCCCGAGGCCCCGGACAGUAUUGGUCAAGAUGGGACCACCAUCAUCAGGAACACUGAACAAAUCCUGUGGACCUGCCCGGGACUCGCUGCCACCCCAGCCACUCAGGACACUCAGGUGCUCAUCCCUGCCUCAGCAACCAUUGCCUCACCCGUGCAGUAUCCAAGCGUUCCUCAGCGCACACAAGCUGGCACUGCUCCUGUCUAUGUGUGGGCGUACACAGUGGUGCAACCAACAAACAAUGGGACACAACAGCUGACUCCAGAACAGCUGUCUCUUGUGCCACAACCCCAGCAGGCUGUCCCGCCCAUCACUGUGGUGCAGCAUCAUUCAGCGCCACAUCAUGCCACACCUCAGUCUCACCAGCAGAUGGCAAGCACAACAAGGACCCUUCAGCAGGGCAGCCAUCCAGAUACACCACAGUCCUCGCAACAGCAGCUCACUGUCCUUCACCAGCAGCAGCAACAGACAACAGUAUCACAGCACCUUCCUGUAAUGCACCAACACCAGCAACAGUCUCCAGCACCACAGCAGCAGAUUACAGUUUCACACCAUCAGCCGAGCCACCCAGAAACAUCCCAGCCAUCCCAGCAGCAGCAUCUUCAUGUUAUUCACCAGCAGGCAAGGCAGGUCCAGGCAUCACAGUCAUCACAACAUCUUCACGUUAUACACCAACAGUCGCAGCAGUUGUCAGCACCACAGCAGCUGCCGGUCAUCCACCAGCAAACCUCUCGCCAGGUAGCACCACAACUCCCUCAGCUGUCACAGUUACCCCAAAAAGCAGUACCACAGAUCAGCCUCAUCCCACAGCAGAUGUCUGUUGUUCACCAGCAGGCAGCAGCACCUCAACCAUCGCUCUCAGCAGUCCAGCAGCAGCAGGGAGUAGCACAACACCAGGCAACACACACACAUCAGCCACAGAUGCAUUCAGCUGAUGCCAUACAGUCUCAGCAAGUCAUUCACCCACAAACUUCAAGCAUUCAGCCAGUAUUGGACCAGAAUUGGCAACAACAGUGAUACGGGAGAAACUUGAAGACGGAGGAGAGGACAGUCUGAGAGAAAGAAACGUAGGUUUGGAAGGAGCCAUUGAGGUAGCUAUGUUAAACAAAAUGACAAAACUGAAACAGGAAUGUGGUGAUGAAGGUAGUUUAUAAGAAAAAAAAUAAUGCAAUAGAAGAUCAACUGUCCAAGAAGAAACAACUUCCGUAAGUAAAAUCAGGCUUUUCUUUGUACUUUUGUGAUGACUUUUUAUACUCUUGAGAUCAUCACAGGUUAAUCACCGGGCAUGAAAUGGUCCUAGCAAUCUUAAAAUAAAUUCCGACGUCAUGUAAGGAGUUGCAACAGCAGAAAAGAAACUGUUCAGUGCAUGGCACUUUGCUUCGGUUAAUUAUUCAUUAAUAUGACUCAAGAUUAAUUGAUUCCAGUGUGUGUGUGUGUGUGGGUGGCUGGGUGCGUGCAUGCAUGUGUGUAUAUAUGUAUGAACUAUGCAGCACAUAAAGCUGGCAUAAAGCGAGUGCCAAAUCCUUUGCAAUCACCAGCAUUGCUGUGUUCCUCAUGAUCUUUAAAAAUUAUGUACAUUAUUCCAGCUUGUUAUAACUUGUUUAAGUUUUCAAAGCUUAAUUUUGCACUUAUGUACUUUUGAUUUACAUAUGCUGGGAAAAUUUAGUGUGUGUGUGUAUGUAUGUAUGCAUGUGUGUGUGUGUGUGUGUGUGUGUGUGUGUGUGUGUGUGUGUGUGUGUGUGUAUACAUAAUGCAAGUAGAAUUAUAGCUUUUUUACCUUCAACACCUUUACCACUCUUUUACACUGUGCAUUGUGUAUUUCAAGAAAAUAAAUGCUUUAUUGUAUUA